CCGGGCUCCGGGUGCCCCUGCACCGCCGCGCGGAGGAUUCCUUUACAAAGAAACUCCGAGGACCGGCCGGGGAGAAAGAAUUUCCCCGCGGGGACGCCUCCGACGGCCAGGUCUUCUGGGCGAAGGGCUGGAGGCACACGCGGAGCCAGACCGGUAGCACCUGGGUUUCUCCGUGCUGAUCGCUUGGCCCCUGGGUAUUUCUCUUGGAUAUUAACUUGAAAAUCUGAAGAAAUGGCAUUCCAGGCAAUUUGCAUGUUGGUUGGAGUAUUUGUUUGUUCUGUCUGUGUCAAAGGAUCUUCUCAGCCCCAAGCAAGAGUUUAUUUAACAUUUGAUGAGCUUCGAGAAACCAAGACCUCUGAAUACUUCAGCCUGUCUCACCAUCCUUUAGACUAUAGGAUAUUAUUAAUGGAUGAAGAUCAGGACCGGAUAUAUGUGGGCAGCAAAGAUCACAUUCUUUCCUUGAAUAUUAACAAUAUAAGUCAAGAAGCUUUGAGUGUUUUCUGGCCAGCGUCUACAAUCAAAGUCGAAGAGUGCAAAAUGGCUGGCAAAGAUCCCACACAUGGUUGUGGGAACUUCGUCCGUGUAAUUCAGGCGUUCAACCGCACUCAUCUGUAUGUUUGUGGGAGUGGUGCUUUCAGCCCAGUCUGUACUUAUUUGAACAGAGGGAGGAGAUCAGAGGACCAAGUUUUCAUGAUUGACUCCAAGUGUGAAUCUGGAAAAGGACGCUGCUCUUUCAACCCCAAUGUGAACACAGUAUCUGUUAUGAUCAAUGAAGAACUUUUCUCUGGAAUGUAUAUAGAUUUCAUGGGGACAGAUGCUGCUAUUUUUCGAAGUUUAACUAAAAGGAAUGCAGUCAGAACUGAUCAACACAAUUCCAAAUGGCUAAGUGAACCUAUGUUUGUGGAUGCACAUGUCAUCCCAGAUGGAACUGAUCCAAACGAUGCUAAGAUUUACUUUUUCUUCAAGGAGAAACUGACUGACAAUAGCAGAAGUACAAAGCAGAUUCAUUCCAUGAUCGCUAGAAUAUGUCCUAAUGACACGGGUGGACUGCGUAGCCUUGUCAACAAGUGGACUACCUUCCUAAAAGCGAGGCUGGUGUGCUCAGUAACCGACGAAGACGGCCCGGAAACACACUUCGAUGAAUUAGAGGAUGUAUUUCUACUUGAAACUGAUAACCCAAGGACAACACUAGUGUAUGGCAUUUUUACAACAUCAAGCUCAGUUUUUAGAGGAUCAGCAGUGUGCGUGUAUCAUUUAUCUGAUAUACAGACUGUGUUUAAUGGUCCUUUUGCCCACAAAGAAGGGCCAAAUCAUCAGCUGAUUUCCUAUCAGGGUAGAAUUCCAUAUCCUCGCCCUGGAACUUGCCCAGGAGGAGCAUUUACACCCAAUAUGCGAACCACCAAGGAGUUCCCAGAUGAUGUUGUCACUUUCAUUCGGAACCACCCUCUCAUGUACAAUUCCAUCUACCCGAUCCACAAAAGGCCCUUGAUCGUCCGGAUAGGCACUGACUAUAAGUACACAAAGAUAGCUGUGGAUCGAGUGAACGCUGCUGAUGGCAGAUACCAUGUCCUCUUUCUUGGAACAGAUCGGGGCACUGUGCAGAAGGUGGUGGUUCUUCCGACUAACAGCUCUGCCAGCAGCGAGCUCAUUCUGGAGGAGCUGGAAGUGUUUAAGAAUCAUGUUCCUAUAACAACAAUGAAAAUUUCAUCUAAAAAGCAACAGUUGUAUGUGAGUUCCAACGAAGGGGUUUCCCAAGUGUCCCUGCAUCGCUGCCACAUCUACGGCACAGCCUGCGCCGACUGCUGCCUGGCCAGGGACCCUUACUGCGCCUGGGAUGGCCAUUCCUGCUCUCGGUUCUACCCAACCGGGAAGCGGAGGAGCCGAAGACAAGAUGUGAGGCAUGGCAACCCACUGACCCAAUGCAGAGGAUUCAAUCUCAAAGCAUAUAGAAAUGCAGCUGAAAUUGUUCAGUAUGGAGUCAAAAAUAACACCACUUUCCUUGAGUGCGCCCCCAAGUCUCCGCAGGCAUCUAUCAAGUGGUUGUUACAGAAAGACAAAGACAGGAGGAAAGAGGUCAAGCUGAAUGAACGCAUCAUAGCCACUUCACAAGGACUCCUCAUCCGCUCCAUUCAGGAUUCUGACCAAGGACUGUAUCACUGCAUUGCCACAGAGAACAGCUUCAAGCAGACCAUCGCCAAGAUCAACUUUAAAGUUCUAAAUUCUGAUAUGGUAGCUGUUGUGACAGACAAAUGGUCCCCAUGGACCUGGGCUAGCUCCGUGAGGGCUCUAUCUUUCCACCCGAAGGACCUCAUGGGGGCAUUCAGCCACUCAGAGAUGCAGAUGAUUAACCAGUACUGCAAAGACACUCGGCAGCAACAUCAACACGCAGAAGAAUCCCAAAAGAUGAGAGGGGAUUAUGGCAAGUUAAAGGCUCUCAUCAACAGCCGGAAAAGUAGAAACAGGAGGAAUCAGUUGCCAGAGUCAUAAUGUUUUCUUACAUGUGGCGUUUGCUCCCCAUAGUCUUCAGUGGUCUGUCUGUCUUCAGUAAUCAAAUGUUGAACAAAGAAUCUUGUUCUUACCCACGGGAAAUUCCGGAGAAAGGUGAUUACACACUCCUAAAGUGAAUGUUACAUGAACUGAAACACGCAUGCAUUUUCUUGUAUGAUAGUGACUAGCGCUAGACAUGUCAUGAUCCUCAUGGUGCAUAUAAAUAUUUAAAUUAACCUAGAUUUUAUUUAUAUCUUUAUUUACCUUUUCUUCAAAUUAAGAUGGUGGUUAUAAAACUAGAAUUCUUACAUCCCUGCAUUGAACGAGGGCCAUAACCCUGUGGUCUUCCUUCCUUGGUUUAAGGAUCUCUAAGGUCACUGAUUUUGCGUAUGAAAACAAAUACCAAAGUCACAACUUUUAUAUGGUCAGAGUCAUAUAAAUGCAUGUGACAGAGUAGUUGUCAAAGACAAG